CAAAACUCGUAGAAGAACAAAUCAAAUCAACAAUGUUCGAUCAUUUCUUUUCCACCAACUGAUUCAGUUUAAAUGGGAUGCAUUUGAAAAGAUAAAUUAACUCAACAAUUUUUUAACGCUGCAUGUUUGUAUAGCGAUGGCUACUGUCGACUUCCACCAGAUAACAAUGGCUAAUGAUUACACAUUGAGUUGUGAUCAUGUUUCUGGUUGGCUCUGUCCCAGUUCCUCUGGCCCCCGUACAGAUAAGUCCCUCUCAGGGGUAAGGCCCCCCAGACAAAGAUAGCACAAUAUGCUAUAUUAAUCUAUAUAAAUAUCGCUGCAAAUAAAUACAUGGGAUAUUUCUAUUUGCCGAAAGGUAAAGCUCUCACCUGUCUAAAUGGUCUAACUUCAACUCCCACUGAUUAUACAACAGGAGAUUCAUGUCACGGUGCCCGCCCCUUGUCGACUCGAGGCGUUGCCAUGGAGUCUGCUCACCUGCUGGGCCCGGGCGCCAAGAAGAGAGUGAAGAUCCACCCGCACACGGUCACCGCCCAAUACGCCACCCGGGCCCCCUACUCCCCCCAGCCGGGGGUCCACACCCACUCCCCCCAGCCCGGGGACGAGGGCUACGACGACGCGCCCUCCUUCGAGGACUUCGGCUCCUUCCUGGACGAGACCUCGGACAGGACCAAGCUCACGGAGGCCAGGAAGUGGCCGCAGACUCUGUUCGGCUCCAGGGAUAAGGAGAAGGAGAAGGGCACCCCGCUGAGAGCCCUCCAGGGCGCGGGCGGCGGGGGGGGAGCCGGGGGGGUGCUCGGAGGAGGCGGAGCCGGCGAGGGCUCCUCCUCCUCCGUGGGGGUCAAAGGCCCCGGGAAGGGGGUCGGCGGCCAGCUGGCGAGCUUCGGCGAGGCCUCGGUGUCGGCGUCGCGGUGGACGUGGGCGCUGCUGCUGGGCGCGGCUCUGGCCCACGGCGCGCUGGUCUUCCUCACCCGCCUGGCGUCCGAGCGCUUCGGCCUCUCGCCCCUCCUGCUGGUGUUGGUCUGCUCCGCCGCGCAGCUGCUCUCCGUGGCCGCGCCCCUGCAGCGGGGCGAGAACCCCUUCGGCCCGCCCGGCUACCGCCUGCGCCUCCUCUGCUACGGCCUGACCUACUCCCUGUCGCUCUGCUGCGCCUCCGCCUCCCUGGCCUUCGCCGCCACCGAGUACGCCACCCCCACGGGCCGCCUGGCCACCAGCGCGCUCUCGGCCGCGCUCACCUUCCUGCUCCUGGAGGAGAGGCUGGGCUUGGCCGACGGCGUCGCCCUCGUCACGGGGGUCUGCGGGCUGGGACUGACGCUGCUGCCGGCGGCCGACCAGCCGGAGGCCCCCGGCGGCGCCGCCUUGGCCGACCCGGUGGCGUUCUGGCGGGCCGCGUUCGGCUGGUCCCUGUCGGCCAUGGCGGGGCUGUGGAUGGCCCUGGCGCUGGUCAGCUACCGCUCGCUGAAGGAGCGCGUGGGCCUGGCCACCGCCCUCUUCACCGUCAGCUGGACGGGCUGCCUGCUGGCGCCGGCCUCCAUGGUCCUCUUGCAGGGGGGCUGGGCGUGGCCCUCCCCCUCCAUGCCCGGCGGCGUCCCCGUCUGGGGUCUGAUGGCGGGGCUGGUGGCCGCCUCCGUGCUGGGCUUCCUGGGCACCACCCAUGCCCUGACCCGGCUGCACCCGGCGCUGGUGUCGGCCUCGCUGAGCCUGGAGGUGCCGGUGGCGGCGCUGCUGCAGCUGGCCGUGCUGCCCGCCGUCCCCUUCGCCCCGGAGGUGGUCGGGGACGUCAUGGUGGUGCUGAGCGUGGGCUGGCUGGUGACGGUGAAGCUCCUCCCCUCGCAUGGAGCCGGGGGGAGGAAACAGCGGGAGGAGUACGAGGAGAUCCUGGACUCUCCCAUCAAAUAGACGACACAGCGGCCGCGUGCCGUUUUUGCUGCUCGUCUGCACAAAGCCUUCCUCCUUCUCACCACACACACCGCGUCUCCAUUUUUCCUUGUUCUUUUCUUCUCCCGCUAGUCACAAUCACACUUUGCCCCUACCAGUGGGAAGCUCAGUGUGGAAUUGCUCUGUCUGGGAUGAUGAGGGUGUACAUAAUAGACUUCGGAAAUAUCGAUGUGAGAAUGAUCUAUUUUGUAAUCGUACUUCUUUGCUGGGGGUAGUGGCAAUAUUGUGCUGUGUCUGUUCUGGUGACCUAAGUGAUGUGACAUUAAAUCUCUCUAUUGUGAA